GGGGUGGGAAUGCCUGGGCGUGGGCCCAUACCAUUUCUAUUUUUGCUAUUAGGUGCACCUAACUACCCAGCCGUGGUUCAAAACUCGAAUAUGAACAUUCCUCAGCAUGUUUUUCACCACGCCAUAGACCUGGAUGAACAGCAUAGCAAUCUUCUUGGACCUUCUUCAUUAAACAAUGAAGCUUUCCAGGUAAGGGACUUGAAGAGACGGCUUGGACUCAUCAAUACCACUGCUUGGUAAGCAUAACCAUACACCCCUUGAGCCUACUUCUUUCUUCGUCUGAUCCGGUGCCUACACAGGAACUAAUCCACACGGCAUACGAGGCUACUGUGCAUAACUCCACCGCUGUAUCCCACCCACCUGGCGAUGCGGGCAAGGGACAAAGGGAUGCGGACAUUCAUCAUAUGAGGCACUGUUUCGACUACCUUCGACAGCAUAUAAUCUGUGCUAUGGACAUGAGGCUGGAAUAUCCGACGACAAAUCCGGAGGGAAUCAAUGGAUAUCAAAUCCCAAGAAAAUGCGUGAAGAGGGCAAGACCUUACCUACCUUGAUAAACCUGGCUUUGGGUAAAGAAAACUGCUAACGAUAGGUACAGGAGCGUCUCGACGAAUAUAUGAUAGAGCAUGGCCGUUCGGCGGUGUAAGUGUUGGCCUAGCUUCUAAAGUUAAAGACGCGCAUAAUGUGUAGCAGGGUGUUACCGCCAUUCAUCUUGAAGGAUAAUGAAGAAGGACGAGUAUAACAAGAAUUGUUAUACUGUAUCUCAUUUUCUCAUUCUUUAGAUUCCAAUCUAAUCUUUCGAGUCCAACUUGUUUGGAGAGUCUCUUUAAAUCCUUCGUAUGAACAGACUACAAAUACGUACCGG